AACCGAGGUGGGGGUAGUCACCAAGAGAAUGAGUGAGUGAGCGUGUGUGUGUGUACGUGUGUGUGUGUGUGUGAGAACAAGUAGUGCUGCAGUGCGAGGAGGACUGCAGUUUCUGGUGCUGAUGGGAGAGCUGUGGAGGGACGUUAUUAAGGCAUUGUUACAUUAACCCUAAGUGCCUCUUUGGUGAAUGGGUUAGCCUUUUGUGGAGAACAGGAUUACAGGAUUUCAGAAGUGCUGGGACCUUGUGUGCAGCCUAAAUGACGAAGUGGAACUUGUUCAAGCACCAAACAACGCCCAUGGUAGCUGCUGACCCAACGGGAGCCAGUGCUUUGACUGUGACUCCAGCCCUUGACACAUUAGUCUCCACUGACAACUCCACCGAGCCCGUCGACAAGAACGAUGGCUUCGACGAGAUCAAAAACAAAUUCCUCAAUGAAAUCGACAAGAUCCCACUGCCGUCCUGGGCCAUCAUUGCCAUUGCCGUGGUCGCUGCUUUACUCAUUCUAACAUGCUGCUUCUGCAUCAUCAAGAAAUGCUGUUGCAAGAAGAAGAAGAACAAGAAGGGCAAGAAGGGGAAGGGGGAGAUGGGAAUGAAGAACCUGAAAGGGGGAGAGAAAAACCAGGAUGAUGAUGAUGAAGAGGAUGAUGUGGAACCUGGACUGACCGGAGACGAGAAAGAGGAAGAAGUGAAGGAGAAAGAGAAGCUGGGCAAGCUGCAGUACUCCAUCGAUUACGACUUCCAGGAGAACAAGCUGACUGUGGGAAUCCUUCAAGCAGCUGAUCUCCUCUCCAUGGACAGCGGUGGAACCUCCGACCCCUACGUCAAGGUGUUCGUCCUCCCCGACAAGAAGAAGAAGUACGACACAAAGGUUCACAAGAAAACGCUCAACCCCGUCUUCAAUGAGACCUUUGGCUUCAAGAUUCCAUUCCAAGAAAUCGGAGGAAAGACACUUGUGAUGUGCGUCUAUGACUUCGAUCGCUUCUCUAAACAUGAUGUCAUUGGAGAGAUUAAGAUACCCAUGAACACCCUGGACCUGGCCAAGCCAAUUGAGGAGUGGAAGGACCUGGACAGCGCCGAUCAAGAGGAGCCGGAGAAGCUGGGAGACAUUUGCAUCUCCCUGCGUUACGUCCCCACGGCUGGCAAACUCACCAUCUGUAUUCUGGAGGCCAAGAACCUGAAGAAAAUGGACGUGGGAGGACUGUCAGAUCCCUAUGUGAAAAUUAACCUGCUGCAGAACGGAAAGAAGCUGAAGAAGAAGAAGACGACAGUGAAGAAGAACACUUUGAAUCCGUACUACAACGAGUCCUUCAGCUUUGAGAUUCCUAUUGAUCAAAUGCAGAAAAUCCUAGCUGUGAUCACAGUGCUGGAUUAUGACAAGAUUGGCAAGAACGAUGCCAUUGGGAAGAUCUUGGUGGGAAGCAAGUCCACGGGGGCCGGGCUCAAACACUGGUCCGACAUGCUGGCCAACCCCCGCCGCCCCAUCGCCCAAUGGCAUCCGCUGCAGCCAGAGGAGGAGGUGGAUGCCGCCCUCGCAGCUCUGAAUGCCAAGAAGUAAAACUCCCCCCUGAACACAUCGUCCCCACCUCCACCUUUACCCCUCCCCACCAUCUCCCCCCCGGCCCCACAUAUCAGUGUAUAUUCCAGAAGAACACCCCGACUGUACAUCCGCUCCCUCCAAAACCUCCAAAACCCACACCACCCCUUCCUCUCCUCCUCUCUCCCAUCGCCACCUUUCAAAAAAGAUCCAUUCAACAUGAUGGGAAAUAUAGUUUAAAAAAAGAAGCAUCAUGUAAUAAGAAAUCAUGUCAUUGAAAAAAGAAGACAAGUUACAGGAUGGACAGAUACUCCGUUGAUUUCAUUUAGAUCUAUUUUUGUAUUGGGGUUGUGGUUCCAUUAAUAAGAAUACAGAGUAGACUACGAAGAACAGUAAGAGUGCGUUAUGGGAAUCUGGUGAUAGAGGGGAUAAAACAUACAUUCACUCGUAUUGUACUUCUCACCCCUUCCCUUUAGUAACACAGUUUGCUUAGAAUAGUGCUUAAUAAUAAAAUGCUUUAUACUGCCAUAUGAUAGAGAAAUAACACAAGCAGGUCCAUUCCUUAGGUGUUUUGUGCACCAUUUUCCACACCUGCCAGUUAUCAUACUAGCUGAUUCUAUUAGUUUGAGUACAUUCCUAGAGUUGGGUAGCGAGUAGGGAUAGGCACAUAUCCAGUUACCCACAAACACACUGCCUUUUUGAUUAGUUAACCUUUCCACCCAUCGUCUCAGGAAAACUGAGAGGAAACUGAAACUCCAUGCCUUUUUUUCUAAACGGGUUCUAUUAUUCAAAUACUCCACUUGACGAGAAAGAAAGGUUGGAUCCAAAAGCUUGAGCGUUUGUUUUUUUUGGUGACGUUAGGCUUGCGACUAGUAAAAGUUCAUCCAUCAAAUGGUACGUUAGGGAACUGGUGGAUUUUCAGUGAAAAAAAAAAAAAAAAAGGGUAUUUGUGUAUUUUUUGACUGCUCAAAAACGGCUGUGUCUGUCAUUUGAAUAACAAAAAGCGAGGGAACAUCAGAGCGGGUGCAACACAGACUGAUUCCAACCACCAAUGACAUGAUAUUUGCAAGGUGUCGAUUACUGCCUGCAGUCUACCACCUCCCCUCCCUCCGAUUCUGUCUCUCACUCGUUCAGUGUUACUGCCAUUAGUCAUGGACUUGACACAAGGGUUUUACUUCAAAGGAAUCCCUAUAACCGUCUUACAGUCAUAAAGGAGACAAGCCUUCAAAGUAACAAAAUAAGCAAUUUUCAACUACCAGGGACGCCUUCCAGUUAGCGGUGUUGUUCUCUUCAUUUCUUGAUUUUUUCAAUCUUUUAUUUAUCCAAUUUUAUUUGAAUUUAUUUAACUUUUUAUUCCUCAAGCACUUUAAAUCCAAAUGUUACUUUUAAGUACCCUCAGAAACCAGAGCUUUAAUUAUUUAUGUCAUUAGUAACAGCUGGUUUAAGGAAAAGCAAAAGAGCAAGGGGAGUGCAUUAUGUAAGUUUCUUUGUUGUUGCUUUGUUUUUCGGCUCAGUUUUUUGUGUAUGUGUUUUGAUUGUUUGAUUAUGACGUUUCUCACUUGAUUGCAAGGAUAUGGUCUGGAAGAAAGCACUGAUCCGUGUGUAUUUUAUACACAGCUUACCAAACUGUUGAAUUUAAUUGCACUACUGGGUAUUAUUCUGUUGUGUGUUUUUUAAUGAUAAAAUGUUGUGAGAUUGAAUUUUUCUGUGGCACUUGUGGCAUGCCAGACAGGUCUCCUCAUAAUAAUGGACUCCUCCAAAAAGAAAAGAGACACAUUACAAUCUAAUGCUCCCAGGCUACUUCGAUCCUUGUAAUUGGUUCAGUUUAUCUAUAAAUUCAUAAUCUGUUGAAGAAGUCUUUUGAGGAGAACAUUCAAACCGUUGUUUGACCAAAACUCCUCAGCCCUGAAUAAAUUGGUGGAAGCUUGAUUGUUAAUUAAAGUUCUGACAUGUCGGGUGCUUUCACCCUGCUAAAAGGUCAAGUUAUUAAUUAAAAUCAGGGCUGUCUUUGAACAACAUCAGCAAAAAGUACCCGUUGACUGUGUGCAAGAAAAUGCAGAGUCAAUGUAAAUCAAAAUGUCGACUUCUUUUGGGGUUAAAUUAAUGUUGGCUCUUGUCACUUUCUCUGUUGGAAAUUGUAUCUCUUUAUUUUUUUAUGACCAACAUAGACCAGGUUCAGUUUAUCAUCCCACAUAAUCCUUUUUCCUCUGUUGAUGAAGCAGCACUAAAGAAAAGGCAACAUGGAAGCAAUCAAACAACCCAUUGGUGUGUAGUUUUGCCUAUAUACAUAGUUCAUACACGUUGAUACUGCAUGUUUAUACAAAAUACUGUACAUAGGAGCAUGUUUUAGAGACGAAGCAAAAAUAUCUCGUGUACGUAAAUGGGUGUCAUUUGUCAUUUUAAUAACACAAACGAAGGGGAAAAAAGAUGCACUGUAUAUUUUCUAAAUGAAACAAAUGUGUAUUUAUUUUCCAUGAGGGUCAUUGGAGAGAAUGUCAUACAAACAUUAGAGUAAUAUUACUAAUAACAACUUUUCCACGCCUGAAAUUGUUAAGCAAGUGUGUCGUCCAGUACUGUGUGUGAGUUCAUGUAGGAUGAAAAUGUAGCCGCAUGCUUGCUAUAUAAUUCCUUGUGAUCACAUUUUUUAUUUUGAUACCAUUUAUCUGCCAUACGUUCUGUUUCAUCUGAAGGUGUGAAUUAUUUCUGGAUUUUAUUGCUAUUGCGUUUCUUUCUUUUUUAUCAAAAUAUGUUCCAACUUUUUUAAUGUUCAGGAUGUGGCGGGGGUCUCCAAGUCUGUAACUAUUUUCUAAUAACAGAUUUGGCCUGAUGUUAUCUGAAAUAACUUCUUAGAUGAAAGUUGAAUAACUCUGAUCUAUAGGUGGAUUGUAGGAGUCGUUAUAUGAAGUCUGUUGGAUCAUAUCUUUAUGUGUUUAAAGGGGCCAAAGGAUGAAUAAUCCCAUUCUUGUGAACACUGAUGACUUGGAAUCCCUUCUUCUCCUUUUUACUUGGAAGUUCUUAAUUUCCCACUUCUGAAGUAUUUAAAUGACCUGAAACCCUUCACGGCUGUGUCUCUUUUACUCUGUUUAUUAUACAAUACGUGUACCUGUAUACAAGAUAAAUGAAUAAGUUAUAAAACUAAAGCCAUAAAACUCUAGCACUAACUCCUUAGAGCUCAGCUGAGUAGCUAGAGUUUAUUUAUGAAGAAAAAAAAAGCUGACGUCUUCAUUGUCCUUGGCCAGUGUUUCUCUUUUACAUUCCGUUCAGAGGUCUUUGUUCAUCAAGAGGGCAAACAUCCACUUUUAUGUAAAUGUGAGCUUUGAGAGCAGUUGUGAGUUUAGUAGAGUGAGUGUGUCUUUUUCUACUUUCAGAGCUGUUGAUGUCCUUGUUUCAUAGAGGUAGCUGAUUUUACAGUAUCGUGAUUAGUAACGUAUAUGCCUUGUUUUGAUAGCAUAAAUAUAAUAUCACAAAUCUCAAUAAUACAGCUAAAAUGAUAUGUAUAUACUUAUAUAAAUAUGAGACCGUGUUCUUUUUCUUGGGCUGAGUGCAAUUUAUGAACCAAACCGGGUCACUCCUUAAGUUUCUCUUCGUCGGAUUCAGCAGCAGGAAGUACUAGUGACCACACGUACAAUCAAUAACACACUGCUCUGAGCUUUUUUGUUGGUUUGUUUAGCAUUUUUGCUCAAGCAACAAAACAAUAUAGUUGGAGAUCCAGUGAUAGAAAAAGCAAAAAGAGAGAAACUUAAAACAGUGGCACCCAAAUUGUAGCCUGAAUCCCUCCCAUAGGACUAUGCAUAGUAUUACGAUGUAGACGCAUAGCAGAAAGUGUGUAAAAAUAUAGAGAUUAUGUCAUGAUACGGCACUAAAGGAUGAUCCAAUUGUUGGUAAAUAUCUUUGAGAAGAUCGAUACCACUGUGAUGUCCUUCUAAUGUGGUAUCAAUCUUCUUAUUUAACUAUUGGCAACAUGUGUAUAAUUAUUUCCUGAAAUAUUCCUUUAAGUUUACCUCCGUUGCUGAUAUUUCUCUGAAGUAAACGUUUAAACUGCCAUCCAUCUAGUCUGGAAACGAUCUCCAAGGUGUUGCACAUGAUCUAAUGCAAUAUUAUAUUUACUCACUGUCCCAUUACUGUUACUGACUGUGACCAAACCACGCACUGAGAACAAUUCAAACACAAGAUUUCAGUGUGUUUUUAAAAUACUGCCAGUACCUGGUCACAGUUGCCUGCAUUUGUCUACACUGUUUGAAUCUACAAAAGCUACAACGAUUCACGCAAACAGAACACAUGAGAUGAUGAGGCAAAUGUGAUCACAGGUGAAGUUAUAGCACAUUUAAGAGAUUUUUUUAUUUUAUUUUAUUAUUAUACUGCCCGGGUCACAACGGUCAUCUAAGUUCUAUGGGGGACAGAGAGUGGGAGCUGUGUGUGUGAAUAUGUGAAUCAAACAGAUAAAGUGUAGGCCCUUUAGCAGAAAUGGUGCAAAAACACAGCACUAAAAUAUAUAAACACAAUAUACAGUACAGGUCUGCAUGCACCGGACACAUUACUCAUUCCUAAAUGUACAUCUUUGUGUGUAUGAUCGUAAUACUCAAACAAUCUUAGUUUAAUUUUAAAUAUGGAGGUUAUUCUGUUCUGUGUAGAUGUACAAUACCUUAUGCACAACUGCAUCUGAAACUGUGAGCUGUUUCAGCCGUGCGGACAGUUUUCGAGCACCGUUCUCACAACUCUCUGUUUUUUUGUUUGUUUUUGUUUUUUUAACAAACGCUGGGAUUUAAAAAGGGAAAACAUCCAAAGUUCAGUAGAUCAUUAACCCCCCCUGUCUAAAUGUGUUGAGAAGCCUCAGCGGGUACAGACGUCACUUUGAAACACGUUGUCUUGUCUCCUCUAUUACUCGCUGUAUUUCUUCUUUGUAUUCUUGUGCAUAUGUGUAAUCACUUCUUCUGUCCUUAUUUGUUUCUGUGAUGUAUACUUCUAAUGUAGAAUGUAGGACUGUAUUUGAAUCAAUGUCAGAAUCACAUUUGCUUUCUGUUUGUGUCUCUGUCCUGUUUAUGUGUAAACCAGCUAUGUACCAUCAGUAUGAUGAUGCUGACUAGGAAGCGGGCUUGUUGAUUUCCUCCUCUCAAUCUGCUCUUGCUGAGCGUAAAGAAUGCCGGACUUCAUGUUUACAACAUGGACAUACCGUAUACUGCCAAACAUGCAGGACCGUACCAAACUCCCCCUCUUGAGCGCUUAGUCCUCCACCUCUCAUCCCUAAUGCAACAAAUCUUCUUUUUUCACCUCUUUCUCUUCUUCAUCAUCUUUUAAAAGCGUGGGAGGACAGUCAGGUUGUGUCCUCUAGCUGUGUUUCUUCGUGUCUAGUGUCGUGGUGCGCGUGUUCAUGUCAGUACUUGUGCCUACUGUGGAUCGCAUGCUUUAGCCCUUGACUGGACACAAACGUUGCUCACCAACUCCUCUUGACCCUUAUGUGGACAAACGUUGGGGAUCCUUAUAAAGUUAUCAAGGGAACCAAAUAACUUAUUACAAAUUUAUCAUAUGUGUUACCAGUUCUGUAAAAAAACAAAUAGGAAAUAAAGGCCUUUUAAUUACCA